AUGGCGUACAACAGGAACAGCAAACAGGCGCUGAAGGAAGUCUCCUUUAGUGUCAUUUCUGGACAAAGCAUUGGGAUUAUUGGGAGGACAGGAGCUGGCAAGUCCUCGUUAGGGACAGCUCUCUUCCGGUUGGUUGAGUUGUCCUCUGGCAGCAUUCUUAUUGACGGGGUUGACAUCGCCCAGCUCAGCUUACACCAGCUCAGAUCGAGGCUCUCCGUGAUUCCACAGGAUCCGGUACUGUUUGCUGGGUCUCUCAGGCGGAACCUUAAUCCUAUGAAGAAUUGUACAGAUGAAGACAUCUGGACGGCCUUGAAAAAAUCACAGCUGAAAGAGAAGGUUUAUCAUCUACCUGGACAGCUGCUGUAUUACGUGGAGAAUAACGGAACGAAUUUCUCUGUGGGAGAACGGCAGCUGCUGUGUAUGACGAGAGCUCUCCUCAGGAAAACUCCGAUUGUUCUGUUGGACGAGGCCACGGCAAGUGUAGACACAGAAACCGACUCCAAGAUCCAGCUGAUGUUGAAAGAUGCCUUCUGUGAUAGGACCGUGCUCAUUAUUGCACAUCGCCUCAAUACUGUGCAACACUGCGACAAGAUACUCGUCAUGGACGAAGGCACGGCCAAUGAUAUUGCUCUGUCCUUCAAACUAUGCACUGCACCUCAUCUGCUUCUUAUGUUCGGGUCUACAGCCAAUGUCGGAAAGGGAGUAGCAGUUGAUGACGGGGGCAUAUUCAUGUUGUUGGAGCGGAUCCUACAACUUUGUAAAACGCCAAAGAAUUUGGGAUCUGGUGGCGAUGGAUUCAUCCUGACUUUGGAUGGUACAGGUCAACACGUACAAGCUGUUCACAGGAUAGGAAAAGAAGUCAAUGCCAUUAAGACAAGAACUGUGGGUGGCCAUAAACAAAUCCUGAUCUCUGGUGAUUUUGGUGUGGCUGUGUACAGUGACGGCUUCGCUAAAAAGAUCUGGAGUCAGGACUCUGUUGACUGCAGCAAGUACCACUGUCGGAUAGACAUGGCUACGGACGGAACCGUGGCGAUCUUGACUCUCUCCAACGAGUACCUGUACGUUUGGACUCUCACGGAAAACAGCUGGGCUCGAAGAGUGUCCACGCAGGCGGACAUCACUUCGGGGACGUGGCUAUCGACCCCCAACACAAAACGAUUAUUUACGGUUACUUCAUUCAAAAUCAUCCACACCACGUCCCUGUCCAAGUUCCUUGUAUGGUAGCUCUGGACUAUGCAUUGGCCCAUGAAAAAUGGAAGGAUUAUUGCGUGUCUGGUAAG